AACAACCAGGGGACAAACACGAAUUCGCAUGAGUUCGAACUGUGUUUAAAAGCCAUCGGGAAGAAGGAUGACGCCACCCGGGUUUCCGGUUGGACCAAGAUGGGCGAAUUCUUCACGAAGACGUGUGCCGACGACAGUGCGAAGCAGAGUCUACCGCUCUUGUUCGAGCAGAUCAAUUUCCAGAAAAUCUGGCUGGAAGUCGCCCCCGCAGACUCGCGGGUGCGGGUGAGCAUGACCAACGCAAUCGCAGUCUUCGUCGAGGGAAUGGGCAAGCAGGGCGCAAAAAGCUUGUUUCAGAACGGAGCGGGUAUAAUCAGUUUAGUGCAAAAAUAAUAUGCCAAAGACGUGCAAUGUAGUCGGAAGUGCUGGUGGAACUACGUAUCUAUUCUUCUACGGCAUGUUCGUAGUUGUGUUGAUGUUUAUGUUUACGAGUCUGAUAGAGUCUAUCAGAUAGAUUCUCCUCGUGCUCCUCCAAACAAAACAGCAGGAUGAAUGAUGGUAUGCCCCCCAGGCACCAACAAUACGAAAAGAGAAUUUGAACUUGAACAUCCACAAGGUAUCGUCUGGUUCCUGCUUCUGUUCGACGAAACCAAAGCAGUCGUGCUGAACGCGAAGCAGAACCUGAACAAGUGUUUCACGACCGUUGAGAAGCGCCGCGCGUUCAUUGACCUCUGUCGGAAGAAGGGUGGCGAUUUUCUCCGGAUGGUGCUGAACUUCGACAGUGGCAAGCUUGCAGAAUACUUGAGCUGCAAGAAAGACGACAGCUUGCACCUCGAGCGCAUCGACUUCGUCUUGGCGAAUGCGGUAUCAAAUGCAAAAAUGUCUGGGUCUGGAAGAUUCUGACACUUGUCAUGCACGUUUUGCAUGAGCCAUGAUGUCUGUGAUGCAUACCCUAGCAAUACAGAUUUUUUGGGGGCUUCUUGAUGCCUAUUCCGCAUUACACAAAUGCCUUCUCAGCGUAGCAAAAAUUGCAUUCCCUUUGCUACUCAUGCAAUACAGAUUUUUUUGGGUUCCAAAUGCAGCAUCACAAGUUGCAACCUUCCAGACCCAGACACUUUUGCAAUCCAUAUGCGGUGAAGGCUUUCACGAACUUCGCCCAGGUACUGGACGUGGCCCCUCCUUCGCCGCCCGGACAGUCUUCACAGUCGGCGGCUUCUGUAGUUCCGGCAACGUCCUCGUCUUCUUUGAAAGCUGGCGCCGGUUCCCCGUCCGCUCCUGUCCCAACAAAUAAACGACUUCUAACGGCGAGGAGCUCCUCCGACUGGUUUCUCACAAGCAAUUUGCUAUCGAAGAUGGACAAGCUUCCGCGCCUCCGCGAAGCGGUAAAGCUGGCGGUGCUUGUGUUGGCGACAAACUUCCCGGAGCAAACUUACGCGCCGCCCGGUGAGGAUUCGGACUUUCCGGCGGCGGACGAGGAGCGCAAAACGCUGCGGAAGAUGCUGCUUCAGGACGAUCGCGC